AUGAAACAAAAAUUUUCAGCCCUUGAUGUGAGGGCCAUGGUGUCCGAUUUAAAAGAAAAGAUUCAUACGACACAAUUUUCUCGGGAUAAAUCGAUUACUCCUUCACCUUUUUGUAUAAAGGGAAAUAUAAUCUUUACAGAUCAUGAAUAUACAAUAUUAUCAUUAUUACGUGUCGUUCAAUCUAAAGAAAAUGAAAAGAUUGCCGUUGGCCAAAUAUACAAUGUCAAUGCUGUAUCUCGUGUAGGCGAUCCUGUAACGAGAUUUCGUUUACGGGAUGUACUGAUUGAUCAAACUUCCAAAGAUUCGCUAAAAAAAGUGUUAAAUGCUAAGUUGAGUUACGGUCAGUCAUUGACUGAGCAUGCCAUUCGCUUCGCAAAUCUGGAUCCGAAUAUGAAAGUCGGAACAGUUGACAAAUCUGAAGAUUCAUCGCAUUUAAGUGCUUUAGAAGCUGGUUUCUCUGAAUUUCAUCCUUUUCUUUUCGAACAACAUAAAUUGAAACCCUACAAAGAAUUUGAUUCAUUUGAUUUGGCCGUCGAUGAGUACUACUCAUCUAUGGAAAGCCAAAAAUUAUUAUUAAAAGAGAGAAACCAGGAGAAAGCUGCACUGAAAAAGUUGGAAGCCAUUAAAAAAGAGCAAUAUUCUAGAGUGGAAAAUUUGCAAAGUGCACAGGAGAUUAACAUGCGUAAAGCUAGAUUAAUCGAGUCAAACGUCGAUAUAGUAGAUCAGGCUAUUAUAGUAAUAAGAAACGCUAUUGCUAGUUCAAUGGAUUGGAAAGAUCUUGAAAACCUAGUUAUGGAAGAAAAAAAAAAAGGGAAUCCAAUAGCUGCUAUAAUUGCGGGAUUGAAGCUUGAAAUGAAUCAGAUUACAUUGGAGUCAGAAGAAAUAGAUGAGACUUUUUAUGAUUCUUCAGAUGAAGAAUCUGAAGGAGAGCGGAACAAUAUGCAAGAGACAGUACAAGAUAAAGUUGAUGUUGAUAUAUACUUAUCUGCAUAUGCUAAUGCGAGGAAAUUCUAUGAUGUAAAAAAGCAGUCCAUGAUUAAACAAGCAAAGACUUUAGCUGUUGCUGAUAAAGUUUGUAUUAAAACAGCGCACCAACAAAUCGCCGAACAAAAAAUUAAACAAGACCUUAAAGAAACAAAAACAACCGCAUCCAUAAAUAAGAUUCGCAAGCCUUUUUGGUUUGAAAAAUUUUUAUGGUUUGUCUCAUCCGAAAAUUAUCUUGUCAUCGCUGGGCGUGACAUGCAACAAAAUGAAUUGUUGGUUAAACGAUAUCUUCGUAAAGGCGAUUUGUACGUCCACGCCGAUUUGCACGGUGCUGCUUCAGUUGUUAUUAAGAAUCCUAAUGACAGUCAGCCGGUGCCUCCGAGCACACUUUUUCAAGCUGGAACUAUGUCUGUCUGCCAAAGUAAAGCCUGGGAAGCGAAGAUAGUUACUAGCGCGUAUUGGGUCCACGCGGAUCAAGUAUCUAAAACCGCCCCGAGUGGGGAAUACCUUACAACUGGUUCUUUUAUGAUUCGUGGUAAAAAGAACUUUCUACCACCUGUACAAUUGGUAUAUGGUCUUGGCUUAUUUUUCAAAGUGGAUGAACAAAGCAUUGCAAAUCAUUUGCAUGAACGGCGUCCACUAAAGGCUGAAGAAUCAAGUGAAAUAGAAAAAUCAGUGAAUCAAAAUAAUAAUAUUAAAGAGCUUUGCCUUGAUGAUAAUAGUACUGAUAGUGAACCAGAAGGCGUGGCUGAAACAGAUGUUCAAACAACCAAAAUAGAAAGUAUUGAAGAGGCAAAGUUGAAUGAAAGUGAAGAUGAGAGUUACUACAAUGAAGAAGAAACGCAAGAACAGGCAUUAAAUCAACAAUUAGAUUUAAGUGAAAAAUUGCAGAGUUCUAUGAAACUCGAUAUCCCAGCUUGGGAUAAGUAUAAUCUGGAUGAGUAUGGUGAAGAUAAAGAUGCUGAAGAGGAUAUCAAUCAAGGAAGCAGUGAUAAAUCGCAAAAACAAGAUGCUAUUGGGGAUAAAGAUUUUAAACCUCUUGUACCGUCUGCCUCUGAUUCACCUGGAGAUUUAGUAUCACAAAAAGGAUCAAAUGUUUCUGGGAAAGGAAAGCAAACAAAAUCAGUACAAACACCUCGUGGCAAAAAAGGAAAAUUGAAAAAAUUGAAGGACAAGUAUGCUGACCAAGAUGAAGAUGAAAGAUCCUUACGCAUGGAGUUGCUUGGCAAGAAAGGGAAAAAGGAAACGCAGAAUCAAACAGUUUCUAAACAAACUACAAGUAAUUUGAAAGAGAAUUCAAUUGACUUGAACAAAUCUCAAAACGAUACGCAAGAAGAUCCAACAUCUCAAAAUCAGGAAGCGGAACUUGAAGAGCUUGACGAAAAUUUGAUUUCAGGAAUUAAAAAUGAAGAAGCCGAAGAGAUUCGUCAACUUUUGAAGGAAGAAAAUAUUACACUUUUGGAAUCUGAUGCAAUAGUGACUUGCAAAACCGCUACCACAUUUUUCCUAAAUGAUCCGACUAUGACACCACGCGAAAAAGAACUAGUCAAGAGUAUUCCUGAUAUGGAAAUGAUAUCAGUAAUGUUGGGCAAAAGUAAAGUAUCUGCACCAAAUAUUGAGCAAUCUAAAAAAACGGCGAAAAGACGUAAAGCAACAAAUAAGGAGGUUUAA